GUGCGAGACAAAUCUCUGUUUAGCUCGUCAUCGUUUCUCUACAAUUCCAGUGUAUAAAAAACGUUCGUUUAAAGAAAUAAUAAUUGAACGUAUUCAAUAACGUUUAAGCGUAUUCUUAUGAAUAAUUAAGAAUGAUAAUAGUUGGUAAUAUAGGACAAUUCGAGUGUUACCAAUCAGAGGCGUUGGAAAAACGCCGAACAUGGCGGUCGCGACGAAUUCGUUUGAUAGCUGGUUAAGCAAAAAAUUACAAGCAUUAAAUACGGACGAGGGUGUUUUCGGAUCUUACAUCAAAGGAAUAUUGGAGGGCGAUGAAACGGAGGAUGAAAAAGUCGAGGCGCUUGAAAGCAUACUCGCGGGCAUAACGGAGGACAAUAUAAGCAAGCAUGUAACCGAAAUCCUAAAUGCUUGGGCAGAAUGGUUACCAACGGAGGAAGUUGCCAGUCCUAAUGUGCCAACAGAGGAUGUCGAUGUCAGAUUGGCACGUAUGCUUGAAUCGCAGAGCCUUCCGACUACCAUUCAAAGAAGUUACACGGAGGAGGAGAGGCGAAUACGCGAGGCUAUAUUGGCCCAGUAUAGUCAAAUGUCCGAUGAAGGUGAUAGCGAGGGAGAUGGGGAAGAAGACGGUGCUGGGGGUGGAGAUUGCGGUAUCGAAAAGAAUUUGAAUGCCGCUAUUAUAGCGCAACAAGAAAAAGAAAGGAAAGAGAAAGCAAAGUUAGAAAGUCAAAAAAAGAAAGAAAAGGAUAAGGAAGAUAGAGAGAAACAGAAGCAAUUAAAGGAAGAGAAAAAGGAGAAGCGCAAGACACAGAAAGGAGAGAGAAGAAGGUAGCACGAUUGUGAAAAAAUCGUACAGUCGCUUCCUCAUUUUAAAACAAGUGGAUCCCAUUAUGGGCUGAUUUACUUAUCCAUGUUUCUCCUUUCGCAUGCAAAAGUCUAUCGUUCAUUAAUACCCCUCUUUUAUUAUCAGAAAGAUACAUAUUUUAAGCGAAUUAUGUGACGCUUCUUCAUCGAGAUAAUACGUACUUCAUAUUUCUUGUGGCAUAAUAGCGAAUCUUCUCGUGCCUUCGGUCUAUCUAAUAUACAUUAUCGUUCGGUGUAAUCUCUCCUAUCCAUUUAUCCUUUUUCUACUUUCUUUACGAUAUCGACGUUCCUUCCUAUUAUUUCGCGAUUUCCAUUCAGAGCUUGUAUACGAGUAAUAUUCACAGCUCCGUUUUAAAUUUUAUAGUUAAAAAGUUGUUCCAACUAUUGAUGUAUAUACAUAUUGUACUUACUUGUAUGCACAGCAUACUGCCUUUUUUCUCUCUUUCUUUCUUGACUUUUUUUUUCUUUCUUUGUUUUUUUUUCUUUCUUUGUUUUUUUUUUUUCUAUGAUUAAACGAAUCACGUAUUUAAUAUGUUAAAUAAACUGCUCUAAUCGCUAUAGAGAAAUAUUCUCUUUGGAAUUAUACCUCAUUGAAAUCCUUGCCAUUAAUUGGGAUCAAACAACAAAUUCAACCAUCGUUCGCUAUAAUUUUCUUUAUUAGUAUAUAUUUACACACAAGAUACCGAGUCGAAACCGAGUCAUCUUGGUAUUGCAUUAAUAAUGAAAGACAAACGCAGUAAGAUAAGAACAAACGAACAAAUGAUACAAAAGAUGAUGAUGCUUCAGUAUCGUAUCAUUACAUAUACUUUUCUUUAUACUAAUGUCAUUAUCAUAAUCGUUUAUCGUUAGCAAUUCUCUCUUGUUUGCUAUAAUUAAAAUUGCAGGCAUAAAUUGACGACGAUUCGCACUUACACGACGGUCUUACGCGUAACACAAGGGACCGUCCCGUCGUUUUAACGCGAAAAUUACAAAUCAUCGUGCAUCGUCUCUCGCAGCUCUCUCUCUCUCUCUCUCUACCUCCCUCCCUCCCUCCCUUUUUUCCUUCCUUUUUCUUUUUUCCUCUUUUCGAUUCGUUCACAUUCUUACUGACACGAAUAAGAAAGAGAGAGAAAGAGAAAAAGAAAACGAAGGGUUGAAGAUUGAUCAACGGACUCCUUGGCAAAUAUGGAGGAUGAAGGACAACCCGAUAAAAAGAAGUUGAUGGUUAUAAGGAUGGAGAGGAGAAAGAGAAAGAGAGAGAGAGAGAGAGAGAAACAAAUGACCUUCAAUCCUUCGUUUUCUCUCUCCGUUCAUCUCGUCUUCGAUUAAGGAUCGGGACAAACGUUUCGUUCAUUCUUCAAAGACGGAGCAACUCGUCAGGAUCGAUUAUUCUACGCGACGCUCGUUCUAAAAAGAUUCAGAUGAAAUAAGCCUCAUUAAAUACGCGCAAAUUCAAAAUGGCGUACAACUACCUCCUAUGAUUGUCCUUCUACUCUCGACGAUGCCCUACUACACAAAGUAAAAUGAAAGACGUUCGAAAGACCGGGUCGCGCAUUUAUUUAUGUUCUUUUUCUUUUUUGAUGAUGUCGCUUGUCGAAACUCGAGAGAGAGCAUCGAGGGAUAAAAAGGGAGAGUGAAGUUUGUAGGAAGUGGUCGUGUCCUUCGUUCGCCCGACGAUGAUAGUUCAUUUUCUUUCUUUUUUACCUAUUCUCCUUAGAACGCGUCACGCAUACAAGAGUUUUACUAUCUAACUUUAAAGACGAUCUAUCCACGUUGUUAACUCGAUAAUUGGUUUUACAAACUGUUUUUUUUUUUUUUGCUUUUUUUUUUGUUUUUUUUUUUUUGUUUUUUUUUCUUCUAAGAAGAUA